GAUGCGAACAGCGUUUGCAAUCAGUUCCACACUAACCGACAGAAAAUACGUUUGACGAUUGUAUAACAUCGGGUUUCUUCAUUGGACUUAAAUAUGAUUAAAGUCAUACUGAUCUGUCUUGUACUACGAGUACGUGCAGAGCCACAGUGUUCAAAGUUCCAUUAUGAAGAACAACUUCUUGAGAAGAUGGUUCGAAUGGAGUUCCAGAUGGAACAGCGCAACAAGGAGCUUGAACAGUGUCUGAUUGACAAGAGAACUGAUAUUCAAGGUUUGCUUGGACGUCUGGACGCCGCUCUGUCCGACUUGACAGAGGAAAAGAAAACUUUACAGCACAAAGCAGAUCAAGUCUUUUCUGACUUCAUGGACAAUUCAACUCGUUUGAACAAUGAACUCCAGCAGAGUUUACAGAGUUUAAGCAAAGAUAACGUCGUGUUUUACGCUCGGAAAGUCAGGAACACCAGUCCAACCACAGAUGAGGUCACUGUGUUUCAACAAACUAUGACAGACAACACAGGAUCAUACAACAACAACACUGGCAAGGUCACUGCCCCCGUGGAGGGAAUUUACAUGUUUACGGUGAACAUCUGUUCGGAAGAGGUUUAUUAUACUGACUUUACGAUUAUGCAAAACGGUGCUAAGUAUGCACAGUCAAGGUGUUACGACAAAGAGUAUCCAGAUUGCGACAGUGUUCAAGCAAUGAUAUCAUUGAAACGUGGAGACAGUGUUUAUUCAACAAUUACUAGUGGCGGUUCCCAUUUGGUUGAAGACGAGGGUAAAUACUGGAAUUCAUUUGGCGGAGUUCGGGUAUCAGGAGUGUAGACACAUAUAGAUUUACGUCCGUGAAAAGUGGCAUUGUAUACUUGUAUAUGUGUAACGAAGGCCAUUGAUUCUAAUUUGUUUUCAUGUGACGAUUUUUAAUAUAGCAUACACGAAUGAUAAUCAUAUUUGCGUUUGCCUUGAUGUGUUAUUUCAUGUUUGGUAUAAUAUGAGUAUAAUCAAAUCUAUAUACACGUUGAAGUUAUUGAUUAACACGUAUAUGUGAAAAGGCUAAUCGGGGAUUAAAGUUUGAUGUAACCUAGAUAAUGUUAUGGAACAAAACUACGGAAAAAUUAUAUUAGUUAAACAUAUUUAUUUCAAGCAAUACACUUUGUUUUUACAUAGCAUUUAUAAAAUGAACAUGUUUGAAUAGGAUUAGAACGAAAGACAAUGUCUCAUAUUAAUUCUGUAACAAGAAAUUUGAUGAACGAUUAUCCUUAGAAAAAUGUUCAUCGAAAUUUUAGUAUUAAGAUACAUUUGUUGUGGAAUUGAACAGUAUUUUCAAUUAUACUGCUGCGGAAUAUUUCAUUUUGAACACGUUUCCCCUACACGGUACUCACGAAAUGUUUGGUUUGAACAUUCAUUUGAACAUUCUGUAUUCCCCGUAAGGCGAUGUGUGCUUUUGAUUCAUGCUAU